UCCUCCUCUCCACUCCUCCUCUCCUCUCCACUCCUCCUCUCCACCUCACCGGAGGACUCCACUCCUGGACUCCACAAAAGGAGUUAUCACUUUGCAUUUAAUCUAGGUCCUAAUUUGUGUUCCGAACAACUGUUACUGUUUUUGAAAAAGGGAGUUUUGAUGAAACUAAAUAUGUGUGUGUCCACCGCAGUAUAUGAUUAUGAUGGGGCACAUUUAUGAAGGCUGUGAUGUCACUGAAUGUGCUAUAACUGGGGUGUGUGUGUGUGUGUGUGUGUGAGUGUUUAUGGGUGUUUUCAGUUUGUACACAUAGAAGUAUUUAGAAUUGUUUGUUUGUUUGUGUUCCUUUUAUGUUUGUGUGUUUUGGGGGGUGGAUGCAUGUGUUGGCACAGUGGAGCAACUACAAGCACACAAUCUUUUUUUCUUUCUCUUCCUUUUCGAAGUCUUUCUGUCACAGUCUGCAUUGAGGCCUCUCAGGACAAAGCCUUUCGAACGAAUCACACGUCUUUUCCACCUUCUGUUUGGUUUUUUUAUUAUGUCGAGGAUCCCAUGUACAAGUCCAUAUCAGGAUGUGUGCUUGUGUUCGCUGGAUGUACGUACCCUUCUAAAUCCUGCGCAAUACAGAGAUGAACACAUUUAUAUUCAGGGAGGUGUAUAUCGUAUCAUAUAAAAAUGAAGUUAUGUGACCGGUUAUAGUAGCAGUAGUAGAUGCAUAUCCCCUAACAGACUGAUUUAAAAUGAUCUAUUGUUGUAUCUUUUAAAGUAUCAAGAGUUCAAAAGAAAAAGCAAACUACUUUUGAGGGGGAAAAACGUGCCUUUCUCUCUUUACAUGAGACUUUUAAAUAUUGAUCGUAUGGAUUUUAUAUUAUCAUCACUGUACUGCUCUCUUCCUGGGGGCGUCGAUACUAGUAAACAGUCCUUUAGCGAUGCUAGUCAUGCUAGUUAUGCUAACGGCAUGCCUAGCUCUGCGGUGCUGGUGUGUGUAUAGCUCCCUUUAGACUCCCUAGAGUAGUGUCACUGCCUGGCCUUCAUCAAACUGCGUUGCCAUAGCGCUCUGCGUGUAAUAAGAAGCAUAUUAUCCACACUUAAACAAAUUCAAGCUUGUUACUCAGCACAAGCGAUUGGUUUGUCCGCAUGAUGGAGUAACACCAAUUGUCCAACCCUUCCACCUUAAAAUCCCUAAGCCCUUCCACCUUAAAAUCCCUAACCCUUUUGAGGUUGUGUUUUUUAUUUUGUUCGUUAUGUUUGGUUUUUUCCCUCUAAUGUAAUAUGCAUGCGAGUAUCUGAGGCUGGGUUGAAGAUGGUGCUGGAAAACUCUAGAAUGCUGUGCAUAUCUACUGAGGGUCUGUCAAUGUCGAGGGUCUUUUUUAGGUGGUGCCUAUUCUCUUUUUCUGAAAGGGGUAAUAAAUAUUCUUUCCUUUUUGUGUUCGCUCCUCAUGUCUUGUUAAGAUGUCUUUAUAUACUGAAAUCAUAUUAAUAUAUUUUAGACUGUGGUAUCCUGAAAUUAAAUAAACGUACAUGUCAAAUGAAGUUUCGUUUAUGAAAGAAUGUUUUGUGUUUCAUAACAUGGCUUGUGGUGUGUAGAAUUAAGAGUUUAUGUCUAUCUGAUUCAAAGACGAUAUUGAUCUUCAAGUUACUGUUAAUAAGAUUGUGAUGGACAGACAUUUCAAAACAAACCUUAGAGAUUUAAAAAAGAAUUCUCUCCAAAAGAAUAUAGCCUGUUGCCUUCAGAUAUACGUUAUUUUAAACUCAUUUCAAACAAAUCUAGCAUACUUUAGUGUUUAGAUUGAAGGACAGUAUAAGAUUAACAACACUGGCAGCGUCUGCUUUUCGUGCAGCUGUUUGACAACACUCGGUUAAUAGUUUCAAGCAACUCCUGUACCCCCUAUCAGACAUGCGCAGAAAGUUGUCUCGAGUUUGGCAGCCGUGUUGUGAGCACUGAGUUCCCGAACUUGUUGCGUAUUGCAAUGUGCCAGAGACACUGCAUGUCGCGGCGCGACUGAUUUCUCACGCGAAAAUGGCCUCAGGAUGCCCAUUAAUCCCUCUCUCUCGAACUCGAAAAACAGGUAAAACUAUUAUUGGUCUUCCUGUUGGUUGGCACGCUGACAUUUGAAUGUCAAUGCCGCGUAUUAUUGACUUCAGAGCGGCUGGUUUCAUAAAACAGGCUACUGUAUGUGGUGUGCGUUAGUGAUAUAACUCAAGGUCUUGGUCAUGGAUAACUGUGGUAAGUCGCUGGAGAAAAACCCAGCGGAUUUGACCGUCGUGGAUGUUUACGACAUUGCUGCGGUGAUGGGACAGGAGUUCGAGCGUAUAAUCGACCGAUACGGCUGUGAAUCCCUGACCCGUAUCAUGCCCAAAGUAGUGCGGGUUCUGGAGAUUCUGGAGGUGCUAGUGGGUCGCAACAACAUAAGCGCGGAGACUGAAGAGCUGCGUCUGGAACUGGACAGGUUGCGACUGGAGAGGCGAGAUCGCUUGGAGCGUGAGAAACGACACCAAAAGGAUGUGGAGCUGGUGGAGGACGUGUGGAGGGGAGAGAGCCAGGAGCUGCUGUCUCAGAUCGCAGAUCUGCAGGCCCAGAACAAGAGCCUCGUGAGCAGCCUCACCCUGCGGGACAAGCCCUCCGACCAGGAGAAGGUGCCGCAGGACGGUAUGUCGGAGAAAGAGAAGCAGGUUGUGAGUAAGCUGAAGGAAGUGGUCGCCCAGCAGAAGAAUGAGAUCCAGGCCAAGGAACACGAGCUCACACUGAAGAGUGAAGACUUGGAGGCACUUCAGCUGCAGCUGCACAGGCUGAUGCGGAUGAACCAGGAGCUGCGGCGGCGCGUGGGGCUGGUGGAGGCCCAGGGCAAGGAGGUGAUCCAGCAGCGGGCCGAACUGGAGGCGCUGGCCCAGGUGCAGCAGCAGGAGCUGGGGGAGGUGCGGCAGGAGCUGGGGGAGGUGCGGCAGGAGCUGGCCCACCUCAGGGAGGACCACCGCAGGAGGGAGGACCACCAGGAGGGGGCGCCACUGACCACGCCUACUCCCCCUCGGCCACGGAUGAGACGCAGGGCUCAGAGGGACAGCACGGGGGAGAAGGCUAAGACGCAACCGCAGCUCUCCGCAGCAGCUGCGGGAGCAUGCCCAGUAGAGGCCUCGCUGUGGGCGGAGUGUGGGAUGGAUCAGGACUUCCUGCAAUGCUGCGUCCCGGAGGAGAGCCCCGCCCACCCGUCUGUCUCUCACAGCACAGACUCCUCCCCCUCCCCCUCACCCACACAGAACCCCAACCCUGACAUUGAGGAUGAGGAGGUGUCUGGGCUGCUCUGGGAGGCGUUGCGAGAGGAGGAGCCAGAGGCCGACGUCGAGCAGGAAGGGGAGGGGCCUGAUGCCGAGGUCGAGCAGGAAGGGGAGGGGCGUGGCAGCGCAGAGCAGAGGGAGGCCAACCCGCCCCGCUUCACCCUUCAGGACCUGCAGGAGGUGCUGCAGGAGAGGAACGAGCUCAAGACCCAGGUGUUCACGCUGCAGGAGGAGCUGGCCUAUUACAAGAGUGAGGAAGAGGAGGAGGCCUUCAUCCCCAUAUAUCCCAUCAUGCCCUUGCCACCCUUGCCACCCUUGCCACGCUCCCCGCCCAACGAGCAGUCGGAGUCUGGGAUCAAACGCCUGAUAUUUACGGCGGUCAUGCCAAUGGUGGCUGCUGGCUUAAUCAGUGAUGACCCCACACUGCUGCCAAUCAGGAGGCUCAUCUCAUUUGUUUAGAGUCUAAAAAUCUCCUGGCGCAAGAGAUGAACUUUACCAAUUUGGAGCGAAGUCUACCAAUCAAGGAGGAGGUGCUAGAAGAUCGUGAGAACCACAAGAACGUCACACAUGCACUUCAAAGGGGAGGAGAUGCCUUUAUCCGUAGAGACACAGGAUGUUAAUGUCUUCCUUGAUUAUAGACUACUUUAGGUGUGAUUCCAUCCCCCUUUCCAAAAUCAAUGAGCUUUCUUAACACAAGCUUUGCUACGGCAAGUUAUUUGACCCUGGCUAAUUCAGUUUAUUUAUUUCAUUGUUUGUUUUUGUUUUAUUUUAAAUCUAAUGCAUCACCACAGGAGGAACAUGCCGGGUGGGUGGCAGUCUAGACAAGCACUAACUAAUUGUGAACUGGAGUGUACUGUACAUACAUGGUCAUCAGCUGCUGGGCCCCUAAUCCCCACUGUAUAGGUUCAGCUGCCAAUGGGAGGUUGGGGAAUGUGACAUAUGGGUUUUUAUGUGUAUUAUUAAAUGUAUUUUUCAAAUGUA